AAACCCCCGGCGCCAGCUAGCCAAUCACGAGCAUCUUCACCGCGUUUGCCUGUUCUCCGGCUGAACGGUAUUUCAGUGAGUAAAUCAGUCUGUCCCCUUCAUCAUGGCUUCUGGAGCUUUGUUCCCCAGCAUGGUGUCUGGGUCCCGCGGGUCAUCCAGCAAGUACCUGGUGGAGUUCCGGGCCGGUAAGAUGACCAUGAAGGGCAGCACGGUGACCCCUGACAAGCGCAAAGGUCAGGUUUACAUACAGCAGACCGACGACUCGCUCAUCCACCUCUGCUGGAAGGAUCGCACCACCGGGAACGUGGAUGAUGACCUGAUCAUCUUCCCCGAUGACUGUGAGUUCAAACGGGUGAACCAGUGCACCACCGGACGAGUCUAUGUGCUGAAGUUCAAAGCUGGCUCCAAAAGACUCUUCUUCUGGAUGCAGGAGCCAAAGAGUGACAAGGAUGAGGAGCACUGCCGUAAGGUGAACGAGUAUCUCAACAACCCUCCCAUGCCGGGGACUCUGGGUAGUGGCGGCAGCGGAGGGCACGAUCUGUCUGCUCUGGGGGGGGAAGGCGGUCUGCAGAGCCUUCUGGGUAACAUGAGCCACAACCAGCUCAUGCAGCUCAUCGGACCAACUGGACUGGGGGGGAUCGGUGGUCUCGGGGCACUUGCUGGUCCAGGAUUGGCCAACCUCCUGGGCAGCAGCAGCAGCAGCAGCAGCAGUGUUCCCGCAGCCAGUAACUCCUCCACAAGUCCGUCCACAGCUGUCACCCCCACCUCCACCUCUGCUGCCAGUCGGCUCGGCUCCACCCAGGUGCCCACCACCCCCAUCACUCCCUCCGCCACCACAGUGGCGUCGCCCACGGCCACCACCCCUGCUGUGUCCUCUGUGGCAGCGGGGGCGGCCAACCCCACACAGCCCAUCCAGCUGAGAGACCUGCAGAGCAUCCUGGCCACCAUGAACGUGCCCGCCAGCGGACAGGGAGUGGACCUCGCCAGCGUCCUGACCCCUGAGAUCAUGGCUCCCAUCCUUGUCAACGCUGAGGUGCAGCAGAGGUUGAUGCCUUACCUGCCGUCCGGAGAGUCCCUGCCUCAGAGCACCGAGGAGCUCAGUAACACGCUCAGCUCGCCUCAGUUUCAACAGGCGAUGAGCAUGUUCAGCAGCGCCCUGGCGUCCGGCCAGUUAGGGCCUCUCAUGAACCAGUUCGGUUUGCCUGCUGAAGCUGUGGAUGCAGCUAACAAAGGAGAUGUCGAGGCUUUUGCCAAAGCCAUGGAGACGGAGACAAAGUCAGACCAGGAUGGAGACUCCAAAGACAAGAAAGACGACGACGAAGACAUGAGUCUGGACUAAGAACUCUUACAUGUAUUAUUAUUUAAGUUAUUUAUUUAGCUGAUUCAGCUGUUAUGUAACUAUUAAACAUCAAGGUUAAAGAGUAUGGUUAGUAUAGUAGAAACUGUCAAUAAGACUCCUCUCCCUCGCUGAUUGUGCCGUGUUCGUCCAACAGUGUGUGGAAUUAAAAGAAAUGUUUGAACAUGUAUUCUACGUGCAGGAGAGCUGGCGCUGACGCGAGGGAACAGUAAAACGAUGAGGAACAAGCGUGACUGUUAUGUUUAUUCUCCAGUUCUGUGACCGAUUACUUCACUCACUGACACCAGUUUGAGACGAUGAAAUGGCGUCAUAUAAAUUGAUUGUUGACUCAAAAAUAAUUUUACAGUAUGAAAAAAAAAACACUGAAUAUUUACUCAUUUGACACCAACAAUAGAAUAUCUAUUUGGACUUUUUUUCACCAUACAUUUUUCACGACUGCAGACAAACAGUUUGAUUAUGUUUCCCAGACAAGAACAACUUCUACAGCAGCAAGACUCAGUCAACAUUAAAUAUCACUUAUGAUAAGACGGUUAACCAUUUCACUGCCAUUGUAAUUUCAGGCACUUUUUUUCUCCAUAUAUGUACACCUAAAUCAGAAGAGUAACUACACAAGUACUACAGUCGGGUUAAUACUGUCUGGUACUUGUUAUCUGUAAAGGAACAAUCGAUUGACUUGUAUGUGAUUUCAGUAAGGAUGCUACAGUAACAACUUAGAAACAUCUCUUUGGGUUAGAUUUGAUAAGCAAUUCAAAGAUAUGAGAAAGAAAAAUU